UAGUUUGACACUGUAAUUGAGUUUUUCCACAUCAACCAAGCAAGUAAAAGUGUAAAACAACCCACUCUUUUAACUCCUUUUAACAUGUCCUUUAAAAAAAAAAAAACUGUCCUAGAAAACUUACAGAUACCAUUCGGAGACGUGACAUCGCACAAACCCUAGAUUUCUGCAGGCUGCUGCUAUUCAACUGAUUUACUUGGUCACACAUCAAUAGAAAUAGAAAAAACUGCCCAAAUUCAUCGAAUUCAAUCGAUAAUCACCAAAUUAGGGUUUAGUGUUUCUGCAAACCCCAGCAAUGGGGAAGCGAUCGAAAUCGAGAUCGAAGUCGGAAUACUCAGAAGAUGAAGAACACCAUAAAUCUCGUCGUAAAUCUUCUUUCGUCUUCAUUGAUAGUGACGAUGAAGAAGCUAACGAAGAUUUGAGCCUCAAAAUUGUUGAGAAGGCUAUGUCACGCGCCUCCAACGCCGCCAAUGUUGCAGGUGACGACGAUAUCGUCACAACUGAAUUGGUAGCGUCGGAAAUCGUCAGGAAGAAGGAGAAGAAAGAGAAAAAGAUGAAGAAGAAAAUCAAGGGCAAAAAAGUUGGGACUGAAAUUCAUAUGGUCACACCGAUGAAGGAGGAAGAUAAUGUGGAGCCAACAGACGAUGUGGAAGUGGUUAAGCUAUCCGAAUCAGAUGGUGUUGACAACUCCAAUUCUAAUAAUGUUGUUCUACGAAAGCUUCUUCGCGGACCAAGAUAUUUUGACCCUCCAGAUAAGAGUUGGGGAGCAUGUUUUAAUUGUGGUGAGAAUGGCCAUUCAGCAGUUAAUUGCACGUCGGCUAGGAGAAAGAAGCCUUGCUUUAUAUGUGGGAGUCUUGAGCACGAGGUGAAACAAUGUCAAAAGGGAAAGGAUUGCUACAUAUGCAAGGGAGAGGGUCAUCGUGCCAAAGAUUGUCCUAAAAAGUUUAAGCGCAGUUCUCAGGCCUCAGAUUUGUGUUUAAAAUGUGGUGCUUCUGCUCAUUCCAUGUCCUCAUGCAACAGUGGCUACUUACCUGAUGAUCUCAAGGAAAUUAAGUGUUAUGUUUGCAAGAGAUUUGGACAUCUUUGCUGUGUGGACUAUUAUGAUGCUCUUUUAAGUGAAGCUUCAUGUUUCAAAUGUGGUCAGUCAGGACAUGAUGGACAGGAAUGCAGAAGAUCACGGGGAGAAACAUCAUCUGCAGGUACUCCGACAUCAUGUUUUAAGUGCGGUGAAGAAGGGCACUUUGCUCGUGAAUGCACAAAUUCUUCUAAGGCGAAGAAAAGAACUCGUGAUUUAUCAACUCCAACCAAGAAAUACCCUAGUGACUACAAGACCAGCAAAGGAUUUAAAUCUGCCCCACAUGAUUUUGGCAAUACCCAUAAGAGAUUUGACAACGGAAGUCCUACCUGGUCGAGCAAAUCUAACAGGAGGAGUGGCUGGAUGACAGAUCACCCAGGUGAUCUGCCCCCUAAAAAUGGCUCAUAUGGCUGGAGGUCUCCUUCUGCACCAAACAAGAAGCACAAGAUAUUUGGUUUGACUGCGGGUGGUCAAGGUUCAAACACGCAGUCUUCAAAACGACGGAAUAAGUUCAGUUCUGGUACUCCAAUUAAACAAGGAUAUUCAAAUCAUUAUCCACAUGGAUUUUCUGCGUCAAGGUUUGGUAACUCUAGUAGUGAUGGGACGAGGAGAAACUACAAUUGGUGGUAGUAGCAAGUAUACCAAUAGUAUUGGGCUUAAAUUUAUCUUGAUAUGUAUGUGUUUUUUCCCUCUAGAUGUUCCCUUAUUAGCAGUUAGCAAUGGUAGUAUCAUAGAUCUCUUAUUAUAUUCAAUUAUAUUUUUGUCCAAAUUUACAAUUAUCGUUUCAUUGACUGUAACAAUUCAGAAAUUUUGGUCAUGGAAGCAAGGUUUUGUGUCA